AUGAGCCAUUCUUUACCGCCCACACCCAUGGACUUCCGCUUCCUUGAUCUACCCGCCGACAUCAGGCUCAUGGUUUACGAGUUCCUACCGACAUGUCUUACGCACAACGAGAUCACCAUCGAGACGGACAAUGAGAGCGGACUUCUUAAGAUGAAAACCACGAAAGUCAAGCUCGUUAAUAUUUGGUAUCCCACCACAGUACGCCUCAUCUCCAAGAUCAUCCGAGAAGAAGCUACACCAAUCAUUGCGCGCACUGCGGCGAAGCGCAAUAGCGCACUAGUAGCCGACGGCUUUUCCAAGGUGUCGCGAUCGGGCCCUAAACUCAUUGUCCUAUGUGGAGAUCUGGAAGUCAUUGCGCGCAAGCAAGGACCUCUUGAGGCAGCUUCGGAGUUUCUGACCUGGUUUUUGGAGGCGCGCAGGACAGGAUCUAGCUGCGUGACCGCUAGGCCCGAGAGUUCAGCUUCGGAUCCAAAUAGCUCGGCUAUAAUCAACUGGGCGCGUCAAGCUGGUUGGCAUUUAUCUCAAAUGCGACCAAGAGCCAGAGCGAUUGACAUUGCCAUUGACGCCAUGCAUGUACUGUCGAUGGGCCGUCAAGAAACCGUUGCUUCCUUGCUUCGAUUCGAGGAUGCAGCCGAGCGACCGUAUCUGGCUCAACGACGCGACAUCCGAUUUAGAGUCACGACAAGUUACUCUGAAUUGCUCCUGCGUUCUGGUAUUGCCAUGUUAACCGCCCAGCUUGAGGGUGUAACAUAA